AUGUGUUGUUUGUGCUCUGGCCCGUAGAGAUGUGUACAGGAGGAGAAGGGAGCGGGUAGCUAACCGAGCUAGCUGGAUCUUCCCGAUCACGGCUGAACGUGGUCAUGUUGCACACGGUAGGCUUCAUCUCAUGAAAAACGCCCGCGUUGGAUUACCGCGCUGCUAAAAGGGCAAAGGGACUUGUUGUUUUGUUUUGUGUUUUGGACGGAAUAACAAAGCCGGUCCGUGAGGAUUGCGAAUCUGAGCCGUUGCGAGUCAGCGUUAGCUGGCCUAGCCGGACUCGGGAGCUCGUCUCCCAAAACAAGAAUGGGGUCUAGGUCCACUCGGAUUAGCUUGCUAGUAAAGUGACCUUUGAUUGUAUUCUGUGAUGGCAAAUUUCACGAAUUACCAGGAAGGCAAGGCAGCGAUGUUGAUGGUGGAGACGCAGCAGAGGGACGCGGGGACGAAAUCUGCUGCCGCCACCGCAAACGGAGACGGCUCGGUCGGGGAACCCCCUUCCCCGUUAAUUAAUAUCGGCGGAGGAGGAGGCGGCGGCGGCGGCGGCGGCUCUCGUUUCCAUCAACAUUUACCGCCCUCCAACCACCAACACCUCGGCCACCAUCAGCCGCCAAAGGAUCAGCAGCAGCACCACCACUACCAGCUCGCUCCGCAGCAGCAUCUCUCCGGAGAAAACAUCGCGGAGUCCCCGGUAAGGAAAGCCUCCUCCUCGUCUCUCAGCCAGGUAUACGCCGCUGAGGACCCCGCCGCUUCCUCUGCCGCAAGCAGCAGCAGCAGCGGCAGCCAUGUAUACGCGGCUGUGAACGUCGCUAACAGCUUAGACGUUGUGGAUGAUAUUCGAAAAUGUGGAUAUUUAAGAAAGCAAAAACACGGACACAAGAGGUUUUUCGUGCUCCGGGCUGCCAGCCACCUCGGGCCGAGCCGCCUGGAGUACUACGACAGCGAAAAGAAAUUCAGGAACAGCCUGCGCUCCGCUGCCGCGGCCGCCGCCAGCGGCGGAGCGGUCGCCCCGUCUCCCCCGAAAAGGGUUAUUUACCUCUACCAGUGCUUCACGGUAAACAAAAGGGCGGACUCUAAAAACAAACACCUCAUUGCCCUUUAUACUAAGGACGAGUACUUUGCCAUUGUGGCUGAAAACGAGCAGGAGCAAGAGGACUGGUACGUAGCUGUCAGUGAGUUAAUGAGUGAGGGCAAAAAAGGGCACUUGGAUUCUGACGAUCUAGAUGAUGGAUACGGUACAGUCACGCCUGGUACUGUGUUUAAAGAGGUGUGGCAGGUGAAUGUGAAACCUAAAGGACUGGGUCAAACUAAAAACCUCACAGGUGUUUACCGGCUAUGCCUCUCAACUAAAACCAUUCACCUCGUAAAGUUGAACUCAGAAACCCCCUGUGUUAACCUUCAGCUGAUGAACAUCAGACGCUGUGGACAUUCAGAAAGCUUCUUUUUCAUUGAGGUGGGUCGCUCCUCCUCUAUUGGGCCCGGGGAGAUAUGGAUGCAGGUGGAUGAUUCUGUUGUGGCCCAAAACAUGCAUGAGACCAUCUUGGAGACAAUGAAAGCCCUGAAAGCGUAUGCAGAGUUUCGGCCCAGGAGUAAGAGCCAGUCAUCAGGCUCCAACCCCAUGCCGUUUAUCACAACACGGCGCCACCUGGGCAACCUGCCACCGAGCCAGACGGGCCUGCAGCGGCGGUCGAGGACGGAGUCCGUCGUCGGCACGCCGCCAUCAAGUAAGAGCUCUGGGGCUAGUGGUUAUCGCUUUCGAACAUCCAGUGAGGGUGAGGGGACAAUGAACCGGCCGUUCCGCUCCGCCACAGGAAGCCUGGUUCACCUUAACUCCGCGCGUGCCCAUCAUGGUCGUCAGGAAGGGGGUAGCAGCGGCGGAAGUGGUGUCGCCACAGGAAACGCUGGCACCAGCACUGGUAGCGCACGCUACGUCAGAGCCAUCCCAGGGUCAUCGUCGUCUAUCUACCACGCCCGCUCCGCAUCGCUGCCAGUCUCCCACUUCCCCUCCACCACCAGUCCAGUGAGCGUCUCCUCCAGCAGUGGCCACGGCUCCGUCUCUGACACGCUCACCCGCCCGUCAAGUGCCUCGAUAUGCGGCUCCCCAUCUGAUGGCGGCUUCAACUCCUCAGAUGAGUAUGGCUCCAGUCCUGGUGACUUCCGGUACUUCCGGGUGCGGAGUAACACACCAGACUCCCUGGGCAACACCCCACCAAUCAGAGAAGAGAACUGUCUAAACGAUUACAUGGCCAUGGGCUGGAACCGGGAGGUCUUCGGCACCACCGGGGGCUCUGGAAACAACAGUGGAGCUGACACGCCGCGGGAUGAGAGCACGUCAACAACAGAGGAUGAACGCUUGUCCACAUCAUCAUCGCUGAGGAGGAGGACUCACUCUUUCUCUAGACAAGCUGGUGGUGCAGCUGGCGGUUCUGGCGUGGCAGUUUACCAGAAAAUGACCCAGACCAACUUAUCAUUGGACGAGGGGUCAGAUGUUGUGCUGCCAUUCGGCAGUGGGCUGCUUCGUGGUGGGCCAUCCUCCUCCUCUUCCUCGCUCCGCUCUGACUACAGCUCCUGCUCCGAGCACAGCCAGCAGAGCCGUCCCUCCACCCUCUCCCAAAUGGAGGCCGGUGGCGAGCGCCCGCCCCUUUCCUCCUCCUCUGCCAAGGAAGACAGCGGCUACAUGCCCAUGAUGUGUGGCGUGGCUGCGUCGCCGCGGGACACUCCUCCCGACUACAUGCCUAUGCAACCCGGCUCUUACUCCCAUCCCGUCUCCCAUUCUCCUCAGUUUCACAGCCCAGCUUUAGGUCCCCGUUCAACCCACCAUCACCCCCACCCUCAGCUUCAAUCCUCCACAGACUCCCAAGGCUACAUGAUGAUGCUCCCAGGGGGCAGCGGCAGCUCCCCUUCUCCAGGACAUGCCUCCCCCAGCCCCCACAGUAGCUCCAGCAUGGCAGGUGCCAGUGGGAGUGACAGCAUAGCAGAAAGACCUGAGAAUGGAGAAUAUAUGGACAUGUCGUACAGCAGCAGUGGGGGGCGCAAGCUCACAAAUGAAGGGAGCAGUGGGUAUUACACACCUGGCACACCUGAGGGCACCCCAAAGUCUUACAGCCCGUAUUUUUCCCUCCCUCGCUCUUACAAAGCCCCCACUAGAGAGAGGGAUGAGAAGGAAUAUGGGGAGUAUGUUCCUAUGAGUUCUCCUGCCAAGCCAGUCUAUUCAUCAGUUGCCACAUCUUCCAUGUCAACACCAGAGAAGAGGGGUGGGGGAGGUAGUAGCACCUCCACUCCAUCUCACCCACCCCCACCUUAUGGAGCUCAUCAUACGACCACAGUGAUGGCUGACCGUCGCGUUGUGAGGCCUAACCGCCUCCCGUUAGGCAGAAGAAGCUUCCAUGGUCCUCUGCGGGUUAGUGAGCCCUCCACAGUGUCUGCGGGCACCUCCACCUCAGUCCCCACGACUGUCGGCUCAUCUGAAGUGCCCUCCAGUCCCGGAGAGUAUAUUAACAUUGAGUUUGGGGAUCACUACCCCCACCAACAACAGCCCCCCGCUUAUCCUCUCUCUGCCCAAGACGAAGCACCUUCUCUGGGAUCCAGUAACCACCGUCGCUCCCCUCCCCAGCCCCAAACUCAACAGGACUAUAUGAGUGUUGAGGUGGGAGUAGACCAGCAGGACAGCACUGCAUGUGUAGGUAAAACCCAGUCUCCCAGACCCAGCCUUGUGGCCCCCUGGAACCCACCCAGCUAUAUCCGACCCCUGGCUAGCAAUCCUGGGGUUCUGGCCUCCCCUGGAGUCCCUGCCGGAGGUCACUGGAGGUCGAUGGGGGACGACUACACAGACAUGACUUUUAACCUCAGAGGUGAGAGGACGCAAACAAGCCCCACAGCCAUGCUGCAGCAUCUCUGUGUUAUUGAGGGACGUUACAGCCACGCCCCCUCCGCCGCCUCCUCCUCAUCCAUGUCUCCUCCUCUCCCUCCGUCGAGCCCAAGCAGGGCACCAACACACCAGCUGGAACCCAAGGUGGUUCGGCCCGACCCCCAAGGCAGGAGGAGACACAGCUCUGAGACAUUCUCCUCUACGUCCUCCUCUAAUUCAACUCCCUCUGGAGGAGGACUUGGGCCUUCAUCCUCAGCCACCCACACCGCACAGGUUAACCCCACGGCCCCUAAUGGAUCUUACCUAUUGGAGGGUCAAGCUUCCAGAUGGGCCAGCUCGGCAUCUUUUGACAGUAUGUGGGUGUCCAUGGACUGUCUAGGGGACUCGCUGGCUCACCACACUCCAUCAAGAGCCGUGGAAGUGGGCACGGCCUCCGGGAUCUCUGCAUCCCCCUCCCCCUCGGGGGCCGGAGCUGCCAGAAUGUGCAGGAACAUGUCUGUGGGCUACCAGAACGGCCUGAACUACAUUGCCUUGGAGCUGAGGGAUGACGGGAGUAAUACCGCAGCCUUGGCGUCGGGAGCUGGUAGCAGCAAUGGUAGCUCAACGGCGGCGGUGGCGGCGGCAGGGACGGUGCCUCUGCCGGAGAACGGAGCCUACGCCAGUAUAGACUUCAUCAAAUCUGAUGGAGUCACCACAACAACCAAGGACUGAGUGACGGGUCGAUAGAGGUUCCAUACCUUCCUCCUCAUCAUAUCUGCUCGGGGCACUUGACUCUGCUCGUGACCUAUGGCCUCAACCCUGCCGGUGACCUCUGACCUCUUCACCUACCCUGAGAGGCCGCUCCAUCCUGGGUGCAGAAAAACACCAACAACAUAACAACAGAUGACAAAAACGCUUGCGGUUUUUUAGUUUUUAUGUGUAUGUCAUCUUUUAUUUUUUUGUGUUUUUAUAUGCAUAUCUUGUCCUGUUGAUUUUUCCCUCUCACAAACCCCCCCCCCAUCAAAGUCUUGUCAGAUGGUUCUGCUUCUCCGUACGAUUUUAAUAAAGGGAGGCUAGAAUACUAAGCAAAGGCAUUAUGGUACAGAAACUUAUAUGUUACAUUGAAUUUAAAAUAUUAAUUUUUUAUCUUUUAUUAGUCUUUUUUACCCCAUGCAUAAUCCAUCCUGGAUACGGUACCGUACAGUUAUUACAUUGUGGACAAAAUUGUAUAAUGUAUUAUUUUUUUUUUUUAUGGAUUACAUGGUACAAGCUGGUGGCUGGAUGGAAAGUACCGUGCUUGUUUCCAUACUUUUCUGAGUGAGGUACGGCACAGUACCAGCACCCUUUGGAUUACCAUUUUUGCGUAGCGUUUGUAUCUCAGAGACAAAAUAUUGCGUCUGCGGGCCAGUUUCUAAUACGAUGUACUGUGCCAGUAUGAGUUUGUCACAGUGUGCAGCAUUACUCUCCUCAUAUUCUGUUGCACAUAUUAUUUAUUUGUUGCGAUAGGUACAAAUAUUCCAGUACAUUUCUUUGUUUGCUUUCAUGACACUCGGUACUCGGCAUUGCGGGGAACACCGGCCACCAAUCGAAUGCUGGAAAGUUUUAUUCGUCUUAAAACUUACUCCUCUCAGAGCCUCUUUGCUGAUAAGGGAAUCAAACUGAGGUGUUUAAAGGAAUAGUUCAACAUUUUAAGAAAAAUGUAUUCUAUUCCCUUGUGUUACAUGAGAAGAUUGAUACCCCUCUCAUGUCAGUCUGUUAAAUACAAAGCUACUGCCAGCAGCUGGUUAGCUUAGCUUAGCAUAAAGAAUGGAAGCAGGGGGAACGGCUAGCCUGGCUCUGUCCAAAGUUGUAAAGCCCACCUGUAAAACUCUGUUUAACAUGUCAUGUCUUGUUUGUUAAAUCCAUAGAAAUAAGUGAUAUAUGAGGAGUUAUAUGCGGGACUAUUUCCUGAAGUCUUGUCAUCACCCAUCCCUCUGUAAAAUGGAGAAUUGUCGCUUUUACAUGUGGCUUCUGCAACAAGUUAAACAAACGAGAUAUAACAUUUUAAUUAGUGAGCUUUAGAGUUGCUGAUAGGUGGAUUUAGUCACUUUCAGACAGAGCUAGGCUAGCUGUUUCCCCUGUUUGUUUAGCAUAAGUCUUUAUGCUAACCUAAGAUAACCCAGCGGCUUUCUCUACUACAUAUAAAACAGAAAACGAACUAUUCCUUUAAAAAAAGACAUUAGUAAUAAAUGAAGGAGCUUGUAGAGGAAACUCAGCUGCUAUGGCCGUUGGAUGGAAAAAGUUGUUUUACCGCCCUGCUGCUCGGUUACGUUAGCUUGAGGAACUUGGUAAACGGAAGAAGGACAUUUUUAUUUUUUACAUUUUCAGUUUUACCUCAUACGGUCCGCAGCAUAGUUCAAGUUAGCGAGGUUGAGUGGCAGCAACACAAACGCACGCCAUAUAGAGACACACAACGCUGUGAAAGGUAAAAGGACAAAGUACAGACGUUGACCCUGGGAUGCAAACACAAGACUAAUGCACACUCAUGAAAUCUCUGCAAGUGAACCGUAUACUGUACUUUGUAGGCAGUAGCAUGUAUGCUGACACACAGAGUAAUCAUGCAGCCCUCGGCGACUCUAACUCCUGCGUGCCCCGUUUCUGCGCUUUGUCAGUGGCUCUUGAUGACGUCCAUGACAUUUCACUUACACACACAUAGGCAUGCCGGGGUGUUCUUCAUUGGCUCUGGGUGACAGAAAGAGGUUUCCAGUAACCUGAGCUCCAGCUCCAGGUGCAGCGCGCUGGUCAUAGUUGCCCUGUUACACACAGCCACAUGUAUGCGCACACAAGUUGGGGCAGGCCGUGAACACCCACCCCAGUCUUAGCCGGGCCUUGCUGCCCCUUCUCUCUCACACUUUAACGGACUGAUAUGCCCAUAUUUAGCAUUUCUACCCGCGCUAGUCUCCCAUGACUAUUACCCACAUGACUGUUUUCAUAUAGAGAAAUGUGCAUAAACACAAAGACGGACAGCUAACGCAGCCCACAGAAUUUCAUUCUUUUUGUUCAGUAUUCACUCAUCUGAUGCUAUCUUCGCCCCGUUCCUGAUUUUUCCCUUUUUUUUUUUUAUCAGCCCAUUCUUUUUUGUUGUUUUUUAAUUUGUUUGGACGGAUGAAGGCUUGUCACUCUCACCGCGCUUUUGUGUGGGACGCAUCAUUAUUGUCCAUUUAGGGCCCCCGCACAGCAGGGAUGCUAAACUGGGAGGGAGGGACUGAGCUGAGGUAUAUUUAAAUUAUUUGGUUUAGAGAGCAGCAGUAGUGUGUUUUCCAGUGACUGCAGGGACUGGUCUCAAAGUGAAGGUCAGUUCGUGGUGACUGACGGCUUACGUGAUGCUCUCUGAACUGCACAGAUGCGGUGAACUCUGCACAUCUGGUACUCCAUGUUCAGUGAAACACAUUUUCAUCUACUGUUUGAAUCGCGUUGAUGCACCUAUCUGAUCACAGAGUGUGUCAGGUAUUUUGUCAAUGUCAAGACUGACUCAUUAAAGGGGUAGUUUGGGAUUUUUGAAAUUAAUCUGUAUGAUGUGUAGGCUACCUAUAGUAGAUGGCAGUCAGCAUGUCCCCAGUCUGCAGAAGCAGAGUUGAGAAAAAGCUAAGCAAUGUACUGCUGUGGACAGGAUCCAAGUGUACGCUGUAUUUAGAAUAUUUUCAGCGUUUCCUUGCUGUUGCACUCAUGCGUAGGAAUACAGAAGUUCCAAAGGAAAUAGCUGUCUGAUGGCAAAGUAAGCGCUGAAAAUAUUCUAAAUAUACCGUACAAUUGAACUGAUAAGUUUUUUUUCCCCUCCGGAGUGCCUUCUUUUAGGUGGUUAAAUACAUUUUGCUACAGACCCUGUCCACAGCAGUACAUUGCUUAGCUUCUUCUUAACUCUGCUUCUCCAAACUGGGGACAUGCUGACCGCCACUGACAUACGUACCUCAUACAGGCUCAUUUCAGAAAUCCUGAACUAUGCCAUUAACCAACAUUAUAACACUUUCUUGCAAUCACCAAAACAUUUCAUAUCCUAGUCCAAGACACAAGCACACCCAUUAGGCGCUCCACUUAAAAUAUAUUUCAAAUAUCGUUACCACUUCCCUCCAUCCCAUCUCCCUUUUAAGCGAUGAGGCUGUCUGUGUGGCUCAAAGCGUGGAGGUUAAUGCCAACAUUGUCUGUACCGUUGACUGUAUAUAAAGAUGGACGACUUCGACAGCUCCUCAAAAUUGUAGACAAAACAUCUCAAUUGGCGUGGACGAAAAAGAUUAAUAAGUAAUAGUACACAUCAAAUAAAAUUUUUCCUAAAGAGUGUUGAUUUUUCUGACGAGUUUGGUUUUAAUUAGUUAUUAGAUGCUAUAAAAAGGAGUCAAUGUCGCAGGUGCUGUAUUUUCUUUCCCUGCAAAGAUUUUCGACAACUUUGCCUCUGAUUGGUUCGUACUCGUUGCCUCUGUUGGUUAGGGGUAGGGUGGAGUCAGGGAUAGCCAAUCGGCAGUAGAGUAUGGAGCAGGACUCGACACAGAGCUCGUGUCCAUCAAAUGAGAGUUGUCAUAAAUAUGGUAUGUUAAAAAAAUUACCAGCCAGGAUUAUGGCUUCAUUUUUGUACUGUGGGAGGAAGUGGAGACACGUCGUCCAUCUUUAUAUACAGUUUUUGUUUGGUACAGUAACAGGAAACAGGAGAAACCCCCUUUUUACCCGCUAAAUGCUCUCUGGAGGGUUGGGAUAAAUAAGCUAAACUUCCCCCGCAGCAGGCCCUGUGAAAAUCCAUAAAAUGCUGUUAGGAUUUUAAGCCUGUGUGUCUUAAAUGUACAAUAAGAACAAUCUGAGUUAUUUUCCUUUUUCCCCUUGAGCCCUUUAAACAAACAAAGAAUUGAAUAUAAGAAUAUUUAGGCUGCUGUGACCUGAGACAAACAAGAACAUCUUUUGUUUGUUAUGUUUGGAAAAUGUUUUUUUGUGUGCUACAGUGACGUGUUGCUUUUGAGUUUUCAAAGCUAUGGCAAAAAUGGUUGAGCUGGAUAUUUUUUUGGGGGGGGGGGGGGGGAUUUCCCUUAAUUUAUUUAAAGCAUUAUUCAAAAAUGGAUAUUUGUCCUUCAUGUCUGAUUGCCUUCAUGUUGAAUUUUACCCCGUUUAAUUCUUUGUCAUGACUGAAUUCAUUUACACAGAAUCUGUGUUUAUUACGGCAACAAUUCAACCUCAAAACUGUCCUCAAUGUUACUGAUAAUGAAGUUGAAAAUCAGCUCUUAGGAAUUUUUAUUGUUAGGGGGGGAGAAAUGAGAAAGAAAUGAGACCUACGUAAAAUAUAUAAUCCUUGCAGAGAAGAGUUAGGGUACUGCAUCAUUAUGCAAACUUUUAUUUCCCUUUUUACUCUAAUCUUUUGGUUUAUUUUGUAUUCUAGUUUACAGAGGGAAAAUAAUCAUCUUAUUUUUGGUUGUUUUGUUGCAUUGGGGCAACCUUGUUUCUCUGAAGACAAAGUGAUACAAGGGUAGUAUUUUUUUUAAGAGUACAUAGGCAUUUUGCAGUUAUUUGUAUAAAGAAAUGGGUUACAACCUCUGCCUAAUGUUUAUUUUUUGUAACUAUAUUACAGUUUAUUUGCUGCUGUGUAGUACAGUUGGAAAUGCUGUCGAUGGCAACCAUAAUGAUGAAGAUGAUUUUCAUUGCCCUGCUAUCAGGCCUGUUUACUCCCCCUAAACCUUCCGGAGAAUUUCGGUGGUAGGGGGGGGAGCAAAUCCCACUCUACCCUGCUACCUGUGUUCUUAGUUUCCGAGUUGAAUGCUGUUGUUGAUUAGCUUUACAGGAAAGAGAGUUUUAAAAAAAUACUGUGGAGGUGUGUAUCCUUCGUAUGUGCAUUAUUUUUCAGCAAUGUACGUCCUAUAUACAAAAGAAGAAGAAAAAAUAGUUUAGAAAAUAAGAGAAAACUGGUUGAAAUGGAAAUCCUCCUUCUGUAAAUAAGGAAAACUCAAGUUGUCGCUUUUUUCAUGUUAUGAUCGGUGCCUCAGCAGGUGCCCCCUCCUUAUUUUGUUUUUGUUUUAUUUCCUUCUCUUUCUUUCGCUCUCUUUUUUCCUCAUAGAGGGAAAGGGGGGUAGGAGGGGUACUCAGAGGCGAUUUGAGCAUCGGCAUAGUGUUUAUAUUUAUCAAAACUUUUUUGCUUUCGAUAGAGCUAUUGCAAUAAAAAUGUGUUCAUGUAACCGC